AUGCUGAAAUUGAACAGUGAACAAUAUGCACGGGUUUAUCGCCAUAUUAGUCGCCAUGUUGGCUUCUACAACACCACCGGUAGUGGCCGCAUCGACAAUGUAUUUUCGGUCGAAAAUCGCCGACGGAUGAACUUGCCGGCAAGAGAUGCCAAAAAUGCGGAACAAGUAAAAAACAUGAUUCGCACCAUCAUUACUCGGGGUGGCGACGUCGCCCGAUACCCAAGUACUGCGGCGGAAGAAAGUGCGGACGAUGACGCUAUUGGUGUUCCAGAGGCCGAAAAGCAAGUGCCACCGCAAGCGCCAAGAAUGAAAACGGUAGUGAUCGUCAAUGGCAAAACUACCAUCUCCAAGCCACUCGAACGAGCCAUUUACCGGUUCAUGCUCCGGCACUUGGAUAUGUAUGGUUCGGAGCGCAAUAUCAACGCCAUUAAUCGUGUUUACACACGAUUUCACAUCCAACCAUCGUCGAUAAUUACCGAACGAUUGCGAUCCAUUAUCCAAAAUGUAAAUCGGCACUACGAUGAGAAAACCAACACUUGUCCGUUGCCGGAAACAUAUUACGGAAGUUAGUCACCGGCGACAAUGUCCAACGUCCAGACGAUCGGUGGGAGCAAUCGAGUGAUGAGGAAUCAGCCACAUUCGACACAUUUGAGAUGCCAUUGGAUUCGCCAAAAAAUUCUUCUGAAGAU